CAAGAGUUGGCAGGUCCGAUAGCAGAAACAGCUGAGUGUGCUAACACGUGUGCAUUACUUGUAUAGAUUUCUUUAUUUAUUGAAUUGUGUAAAGGACAAACAAGAACAAAUAAAUCAUACAAAAUGCGUCAAAACACACCACCACAUCGUCCCGACUUCGAUUAUGAAAAUGACGAAUUUCUGGAGGAAAUCGAAUUAGAUGGCGAUCCACCGGCAGAUGAUGAUGAUGAACUGGAAAUGGAGGAGGUGACUUUAUCGCAGUUAGAGGCUCGUUUGGGAAUGCAGAGCGAUUCGGACGACGCAAUGGAUGGAAAUGAGGACGAAGAGGAAGAAAAUCGCAUUGCAGCCAUCAGGGAUGAUGCGUUGAUUACUUUUAGGAAGCACACAGCCCCCGUCUUCGGUUGUCAUCUGCACCCGCGACUCGAUUGGGCUGUGACCGGCAGCGAGGACGACCGGGCCUAUGUGUGGGACACCAAUAACGGCGAGGUGUUGUUCGAGAUAACUGACCAUAAGGACACGGUCACUGAAACGCAUUUCAGUCACGACGGUUGCUAUUUGGCGACAGGCGACAUAUCCGGCGAGCUGUUUGUGUUCAAAUUGAACGAAUCGCAAGACGAUCGCUCGAUUCUGUACAAGGUUUGGGAGUACUCCAUGCUCGAUAUGGCCUGGAUGUUCUGGCAUCGUGCCGCUAACGUCCUCCUAGCCGGCAGCGAUAGCGGCGAAGUGUACGUCUGGCGUAUUCCCAGCGGCGAAUGCAAAAUUCUGCCUGGACAUUCGGCGCGCUGCGAAGCCGGCGAUUUAAGUGGCGAUGGCAAGAAGCUACUCACUGCGUACACUGAUGGUGUAGUCAAGCUGUGGGAUAUAAAAACAUGCCAGGUUCUGAUGGAGGUCAACAAUCAACAUCCACUUGGCUUUGGAGAAGUCAGCCAUAUCGUGGUCGCAUGUGAACAGAACUCGCCAUUCUACUUAUGUGCUGAGGGCGGUGGUAAAUUACUCUUCUGCACUAACAAUGGACCGGUGAAUGUUAUACAGUCCGAGCAUCUCAUUGAAUGCGUUGCAUUUGCGCCUUCAACGACAGAUCUGAAGCUUUUAGCAUGCGGCUCGUUGGAAGGGCAAAUUUCCAUUUGGGACUAUUCAAAAUACGCCCUUCGCACGGUCUGCGAAAGCCCCGUGCCAUUUGAUGGAAUUCUUCGACUGAAAUGGCUAAAUGACUAUACUUUGCUGGCCGCCACCGCACAGGGAAAACUGAAUGCGUUUGAUGCACGCACUGGCUCGCUUAAAUUUACACUGACUGGCCACUUAUAUCAUAUAUAUGAAUGCGCUUUUAAAUGCGAGGAAAAUUGUUUAUUGACCGUUUCAGAGGACAAUACAGCUAAAGUUUUUAAGCUACCACAUUUGGGUGAAUAGAUAUUAGUUCAAAGGUGUCAACUACAAUAAGUAAUUAUUCAAUAAGAUUCUUGUAUAUACAC